AUGCCGAAACUGCGUGUGGAGUAUGCGAAGUCUGGACGCGGCAAGUGCUCUUCGUCUGGCUGCUCGCAGGAAAUUGUCAAAAAUGAGGUGCGCAUUGGAACGGCGUUUUUGUUCCCAGCGCCCGGCGGCGAACAAAAUGAGGCGGGCAAUGAACGCCUCUGUUACAAGUGGCGCCACCUCUGCUGCUUUACAGACAUACAGUUGGAGAAUGCGAGGGCAUCUGGUGAAAUUAACGACAUUGAUGGAUACAGUGACCUUGCCCCAGCGGAUCAGGAGCUUGUUGAAAAAUUGAAACGGGGUGAGUUGGUUCAAAAGAAAAGUUUGAAGGGAAGAAUUGGGGAUUUUGCAAAUUCACCCCUGGCAGCGGGGCUCCUGCAGAAGGGAAAGGGAUUCGCGAAGGGGUCCACUAAUGCAUCAUCGUCAUCCCCAAGAAAGGCUGCAGUGAAGCGUGGGCAAAUCGCGAAGAGGCCACGCGAGGAGAAAGAAGUGGCGGUAAAGGAAGAAGACGAUUCUGAUGCCACGGAGGAGUACGAAGUGGUUGUGGAGAAAUCGAAGCCACACUGUCCGUAUGGCAGUAAUUGUUUUCGCACCGGCGCCGAACACAUUGCAGAGUAUUUUCACGGCACAGAGGCUGACAAGGCGUCGCCUCCGCGGCUCCGUGCUGUGAUAAAGGGAAAGAAACGUGCGACAUAA